AGAAAACAUAUCUGAAGGAUCCUGCAAUGGUGACAUGGAUUUCAGAGCCUUUUAUGUAGGCUGUAAUAGCCUCAUGAGAACCGUGUUGCUCUCCCGGGCUGCAGCUUUACGACAUAUGCGCUCGAAGCCUGAUUGGUGGGCAACACGUCACACCUCAAUGAAGUGGCAACCAUCUUUCACCCAACCUCCCCUCAGUUUCACUACACCGUAAGCGCUUCUUGGUGAUAUUUUGUUAUUGCGUUACAUUUCUACGUCUCAGGACUUCCUACAUCCUAUAAUGUCAACUAUCCUCGCUUCAACCAUCCUCACUUGAACGGUUCAGCCUUACGCCGCAGCUACACCCAACUGACUUGAUAUCGACCAUGAGCGCACGUUCCCGCCGACUACGCGGUAGCCUAGGAAGCAGUUGGGGAGACGCCGACUAUUCCUCUGAUGAAGGUGCAUCAAUCCACUCAGCAAGCGAUGCAGCGAGCGAAGUCGACCUAGAAGAUUUUGACAAAGAGAUCGCACACGAGCAGCUGGACAGGGCAACUCCACUUCCACCCAGGACAAUACAAGCUUCUUCAACUCCUUCCAGUCAGCCAAAGAAUGCGCCAGCCAAGACUCCAACAACAAGUAGCACUAUGAGACACGCGCAAACGCUAGGAUCGUCGAGGAGUACACCACGGCCUGUGAGGAGUAUGCAGUCGACUCCCGGAGAAGGGCAGUACGGGCCGAGCUUCAUCAUGCCUUCUAUGAAUAACUCUUCAAACACGCACGUGAAUGGAUCACCAAUGCGUGACUCACAAGCUCGACAAAGGAAAAUGCGUCACUCCACGUCACUCGACGCCCUAGGUGCCUCGCCUCGGGUCUCUAGUCGCGAGGCUUCCACAGACUGUCGUCAACCAGAAAAACAAAAGCAGGAAGAGGUGAGCCCAUGGCACUAUGUCAACCUCUUCUACGAGAACGUUGCUUUGCCACUCUUGGCACAUGUUUUCGACAUCUUCUCCUACGCCAUGCGGCACUUCGUCAAACCUAUCCUCGGAGUUGCCUUGGGUAUUGCAAUCUUGCUCUUCUGCCUCCAGACGGCUACCGGCAUGCUUCGAUCAACUCUUUCAAACGCAUUGUUAGCUCCUGUCUGCUUGAUUCCAGGAUCUUCUUACAUUAUCCCCUCCUGCACUACGACUAUAUAUGACAACCAGCUGGCCAACUUCGAAGAACUCAUCAACGUGCAAACGCGCUUUGAGGAUAUCCUCGACGCCUCAAAAGAUUCGUCAACACUGCCAUCAACCAUCAAGAAUUCCGAACUCGCUAUCCGGGACCUACGUACGCUGGUUAAAUAUUCCAAGCUACCAUCCCGACAUGAGCUAGAGAACGAGUUUGAGUAUUUUGUGCAGACCGCCGCUGAAGCGUCCCAGGAUCUCUCACGCUACAAUUCCCGUAUUGGCGCAGCCAUGGACCGCGUCAUAGCGACUAAUACAUGGACUAUGGCCGUGCUGCAGGGUAUCGAAGAAAAGGAAGCCAGCAUUGGGGCCGUUUCACGAGUAGUCAAUGCAAUGACGGGCGCUUUCGUUGCGCCGCCACCAACACUGCAGCAGAAGAUUUUUGACCAAUAUAUUCUACACGUUGGCAAGAACAAAGAAGAGAUUACACGCUUAAUUGAAACCGCGCAGGCCCUCCUAAUGGUUUUGAAUAACCUGGACGGGAGACUUGGCACGAUAUACGAGAUAGCCACAAAUGACGACCACAGCAUCACUCGCGACCAAGAAGAACUCCUCUCCUCGCUUUGGACUAAACUUGGUGGAAACAGAAAGGACGUAAAGAGUAACAACCAACAACUCAACCUCCUGAAAAACAUCUCGGCAUACCGCAAGAAGGCCGUCUUGCAUGUAAGCGAGACUCUGCUAAAGCUGCAGGAAAUUCAAGCGGAGCUAGAAAACCUAAGGGAAGGUGUCGCUGCGCCUGAGGUGCUCGGCUACCGCGAUGAGCUGCCUUUGACGUAUCAUCUUGAUCUCAUCGAGAAGGGUGUCGAGCGCCUGAGGGUCUCGCGAGGAGAGAGCAUGAGGGUUGAGGGGGAUACGUAUCGCAGAAUGAUGCGAGCAGGCGAGAGUAGCGGCGAGGGAGGUGUGAGGGAGUUGCCGGUGCCGACUGUUACUGUGAAGGCGAAGCAGUGAUUUUAGGUAGCGUCUGGAGAAUGCGUAGCAUGGUGUCGUUGUGUGUAUACCAAGCACCUGAAGCAGAUAUCACAGACGAAUGAUUUGGAUGGAUACGACUAGAGAUGAUGCUUUGACGAAAUUUUGAGAUCUUUCUUUCUUCACUCUGGUACAUCCCUAGAUACCCCCGAUUCGUAGCUGCAGCCUCAAGAACAUGUCAUUCACCCA